AUGGCAGUGGCCCCACUGGCAGCCCAGUUGUUGCAGCAGCAGCUGUACACUCUGCAGGUUUGUACUGACUCCAAUGUAUCUCCUACCUAAUUUCUACUUAAACACACCAGGUAUGUACCAUUUCAUACAGACGGAAACUGAACAGAAAUCCUCUGUUGUUCACAGGGACCACAGAUGGGACUGACUCUAGUAAAGAGCUGGCUGGAGGUAUGAGUGGCUGGGUUUGGGGACUGGGGGAAUCUGUCUUUCCAUCAAGGAAGAAGUGUAUGAUGAGUGUAUGACGUAGAACCAACUCAACUCUCAAAGAAAUCAACACGAGAGAAUGAAAACUGAGCUGUUGAUCAUGACGCUGAUUUGUUUUUAGGUGCAGUUGAUUCCUCAGCUGAUACCACAGACGCACCAGGUCAGUGUGUGUGUGUGUGUGUGUGUGUGUGUGUGAGUGUGUGUUCACUUCAAAAAGACAACCCAUGUUGAGCAGCUCAGAGUAUAAUGUAAAAAAAACGCACACCUAAUUGAUUAGCCACAAUUAUCCAAAUUAGAGCACAUAAUUAGUAAGCAGACAAAAUAGGCCUGCUAUGAGACUAUCAUGGAGACACUUAACUAGAAAGCAUUUGUCUAGCUAUGUUUCAGGGGUGCUGUUGUUAUAGUGUAUUCAUACAUGUUUAUGUGAGAAUCCAACAUUACAGUUCCUCUAUACUCACAUAAACAUGUAUGAAUACACUAUAACAACAGCACCUCUGAAACAUAGCUGGACAAAUGCUUUCUGGACCAGACAUGAGUAAAUUGUCAUGGUUCCACCUGUCACCAGAGGGCCGCAGAGACCGCCCUAGAGACUAUUAUGACACUCAGGUGUUUUCUGUUACUAAUUAUGAUUCCCUUUUAAAAGAGGUGUGUUUUCUGUUACCCCUUUGCAGAAGCUUGAUUUGUUUGCCGUGUGCGUUGUCUCCUGAGUAGUUAAAUCAAAUCAAAAUCAAAUCAAAUCAAAUUUUAUUGGUCACAUGCGCCGAAUACAACAGGUGCAGACAUUACAGUGAAAUGCUUACUUACAGCCCUUAACCAACAGUGCAUUUAUUUUAAACAAAAAAAGUAAGAAUAAAACAACAACAAAAAAAGUGUUGAGAAAAAAAGAGCAGAAGUAAAAUAAAGUGACAGUAGGGAGGCUAUAUAUACAGUAAAAUAAAGUGACAGUAGGGAGGCUAUAUAUGCAGGGGGGUACCGUUGCAGAGUCAAUGUGCGGGGGCACCGGCUAGUUGAGGUAGUUGAGGUAAUAUGUACAUGUGGGUAGAGUUAUAGUGACUAUGCAUAAAUACUUAACAGAGUAGCAGCAGCGUAAAAAGGAAAAAGUUAUCGAGUCUUAGUGUUUGUUGUUUUCCCAGUUUUACUUUGUACUUUCUGUUGAACGUUUUCCCAGUAAAGUAUUUAAAUUUUUUCCUAAACCCCUGGUUCCUCGUCUGGUUCUCUUCUCUGCUCCUGGGUCCUACCUCAACAUGUCACAGAGUCUGACUAUUUGCUGUGGGGCCAUGCUGAAGGUUUAGAUAUUUUUGCAUGACCAACCGUUUGACCUUCAGGAGUUAUCAAUUAUCACUCUCCUCUCUACCAAGGGUCCAUCAACUCAUCGGUGCUAUUCAAUUUUUGUAAUAGACAGAGACUGAUUCCUCCUGCCUGCCAGUACUUAGCUGUGCAUGAGCCUUAGCCAAUCAGCAUGCGAGGCUAGCCAGCAUGUUCUGCACCGGGCUGAAGCGGGCGCUUUCGAAUUCACACAACUAACGCAGCUAGUUACUAGCUGGUUAGCUAAUAUUAUGUUAGGCAGUGUUGACAGGUCGCUUAUAUGUCAGAUCAAAUAAAACACAACCAGUUUGUCUAUACCAGUUACAAUAUGAACCCAACCAUAUUGGCACUCGAAAAAAUGAUGUGUAAGCAUCAAACAAAUCUAGCUAGCUAACCAGGUUAGCAUGCUGACAACUACACGCGCUGUCAACAGCUAACGUAGAUAGAAAAGCAGUGCUGCGCAGUCUCUCUUUCUCGUUACCUUGUACUUGUCGAAGCCCGAACAGUAAGGAAUCAAUGUGGGAAAUGGGCAAAUGUUCAACUAUCUAUGUUUGACUAAUGAUGGCUUUACUGGGGGAUGAUCAGAUUGUGGCAGAGUAGUUGACAUAGAGUUGAUGAAAUCCCCUCAAUCUGUAGACUACAGAUAAAAAGGAAUUACAACAGAUCACACUGACAGUUAACAGAAUAAAUCAAAGGGGUCUCAAAUCCAAGCCAAAGGUAUAUCAUGGCUUGCCAAAAACCAGGUUCCCCAAUUCCCCAAAUCUCGUUAUGCCAUAAAACCAUUUACCAAGAAAAAAAAAUAUGUAACAGUGAUCUUGUCCAGAUCAAUUUUAUUACUGAAUAUUCAUGGCUAAAACAAGUUCAAUGGCCAGACAUCUAAUUCCAACUCACCCAAUGUUUUGUUCUUCAUUUAUCAGAUGCCAGAAGCAGUGAUGCAUCCACAGACACAAACAGUGAGUCACCAAUUCAUUUGAAUGGAAAUGAAACACACUGACUACUGGGGAUUUCCUGAUAAUUACAGUUGUGGCAGCAUCAAACUCACCCGUUUUUGUCUUCCAGAUGGAGAUACCAGCGUGGAAACCACAGGCAGUCCUGAUGCCCCUGAUGCCACAGGUGAGGCCUAGGAGUAAAAUACACAAAGGUCAAAGGUCAAAGAUAAGGGUUAAGGUCAAAGAUCGCAAUCAUUCGAUAAGAAUGUGCAGGUUGACGUUUAUUGUCAUGAGUCUUGUCCUGGAGGCAGAACUGAGCAAUUUCCCCAUAGAUAUGCCAGCUGCAAAGUCAUAAUUGGCUAUAUUGUAAAAAUUCAUGAAAACUAAAAUGUUGGUCUUAAUUUAAGGUUAGGGUUAGGCAUUAGGGUUUUCAUUAUGGUUAAGGUUAGGGUUAGAUUUAAAAUCAGAUUUUAUGACUUUGUUGCUGUGCCAGCUAGUGACCAUUCUGCAGAGCUGCCUCCAGAACAAGAUUCUGCUAAACAAGAUUCUGCAGAACAAGAAAAAUGCUAACCUGCUGGUCAAAAUCUGUGAAAGUCCCUGGUGAUGAUGAGGAUUUGUUAUUUCAAUUCAGUGCAGUAAGAUAUUCUUUUCCCAGGCAAGUGUGGCAUGCUGUGACGUGCUGUUCUGUGCCGUGAAGUGCACAAAAAUAUAUAUACUGCAUCUGCAUGUCCACUUUCAAGUCACUCCGAAUUGGACAAAGCUGUGGGGAGAGACAUACUUUGGCCUCACAUCCAUUGUCCAAAAAAAUAUAUAAUAAACAUUUUAGUCGCCGUUCAAAUCAGCAGCAAGUAAGAUGGCCGAAAUGCUGUAUAGUUGUGUAUUCAUGUUCAAUAACAAGGUAAGAAACUAUACAUUAUUUUCCAGCCCUCCAAUAACAUUAAUGUGGUUAUGUUAAGAUGCAGCUGAAGCAGCAGCCAGCCAAGACACAACGGAUGCAGCUGGUGAGUGAAGCGAUACGUUUUGAGAGAUGUUCUCGCCACCCAAGGCCACAGCUGCCUCGUUCUUUUGUGUACAACAAUUACGUUUAGCCUUAGAAAGAUUAAGCACAGCUGAGCACAACAAUUACUUUAGUCAAAACAAAGAUACAAAGUGAAACACAAAUUCUUCUAGAGUUAUCAUACAUCAUACAAACUGGUAGUUAUCAUCAGACAUAGUAAUAUAAUGAUACAGAAAUGCUGUUACAUUACUAGCUACACACAGAGUCCAAAUGGCUAAGGUCAUGUGGGUGGAGGUGGGUUAAAAGGUGACACUUGGACCUCCAAUUCCCCCUUCCCUGAUACAUGUGUAAAUAUUGUACUAUAAAUGGUGCCUUUCUGUAUGAUACUUACAGUGCCUUCAGAAAGUAUUCAUACCCCUUGACUUAUUCCAAAUGUUGUUGUGUUACAGCCUGAAUUCAAAAUGGAUUAAAUAAAUAAAACAUAUCACCCAUCUACACACAACACCCCAUAAUGACAAAGUGAAAACAUGUUUUUAGAAACGUUUGUAAAUAUAUUGAAAAUGAAAUACACAAAUAUCUAAUUUACAUAAGUAUUCGCACGCCUGAGUCAAUACUUUAUAGAAGUGCGGUGAUUACACCUGUGAGUCUUUUUGGAUAAGUCUCUAAGAGCUUUGCACACCUGAAUUGUACAAUAUUUAGGUUAGUAUUGUGGCGUAACUACAAUGUUGUUGAACCAUCCUCAGUUUUCUCAUAUCACAACCAUUAAACCCUGUAACUGUUUUAAAAUCACCAUUGGCCUCAUGGUGAAAUCCCUGAGUGGUUUCCUUCCUCUCCGGCAACUGAGUUAGUAAGGACGCCUGUAUCUUUGUAGUGACUGCGUAUGUUUUAGUACACCAUCCAAAGUGUAAUUAAUAACUUCGCCAUGCUCAAAGGGGUAUUCAGUGUCUGCUUUAUUUUUAUUUUUUACGAAUACCAAUCUGUGCCAUUUUUUUGCGAGGCAUUGUGAAACCUCCCUGGUCUUUGUGGUUGAAUCUGUGUUUGAAAUUCACUACUCGAUUGAGGGACCUUACAGAUGCUUGUAUGUGUGGGAUACAGAGAUGGGGUAUUCAUUCAAAAUCAUGUUAACCACUAUUAUUGAACACGGAAUGAGUCCAUGCCACUUAUUUUGCGAUAUGUUAAGCACAUUUCUACUCCUGAACUUAUUUAGGCUUGCCAUAACAAAGGGGUUGAAUACUUAUUGACUCAAGACAUUUCAGCUUUACAUUUUUUAUUCAUUUAGACAUUUUUCUACAAAUACAAUUCAACUUUGACAUUAUGGGGUAUUGUGUGUAGAUCAGUGACACAAAAUCUCAAUUUAAUCCAUUUUAAAUUCAGGCUGUAACACAACAAAAUGUGGAAAAAGUAAAGGGAUGUGAAUACCUUCUGAAGGCAUUCUAUGCUAAAAUAUCUAUUCUAUUCUACUGAGCCAGUUACUUUAUGUUCAUAUUCUUAUAUUUGAUUAUUUCUUGUUGUUGUUGCAUUGUAGAGAAGGAACCUGCAAGUAAGCAUCUAAUUGGACAGUGCAUACCAUGUGUAUAGUCCCGUACAUACGACUAAUAAAACUUGAAACUUGAAAAUGAUGACUGUCAGUAUAUUCAGUAUAUAAUCAAACAUUAUCUGUUUUUCAGAUGCCUCUGAGACUUUGGCAGUGACCUUUGACUCUUCUAAUAGAAAAGGUGAGGGCACACAUUGCAGCACAUAAAGCAACAGCAGUCUUCACAACCACUGAGGCUAAACCUUCAAACCAUUCAUCGAUGUGAAUUAUAAUUUUUGACUUUACAAUUGUCAAUCAACAGAUGGCAUUUGGGAUGCAGCCCUAAAACGACCACAUUAACACAUGGGCCCGUUAGAAAACACCCAUCAAUUGUUUGACUUUUCAGUCUUUUAGUCUCUCUUCAGCACAGAUACAGAUGAUGCUGAUGACAGUGAGAAGGCAUCAGCAGGGGUGUCAUCAGAUGUUUUGGGGAAAACACUUUUCUCUCUGAAUUCCUUGCGCAAUAACCAAGCUCUGACUUCACAGAUCAUCAGAACAUACUAUCAUUAUCACUGUAACAAACACCGUCAGUGUAACACACAUUGCUAUAAACAUCAACAGGCAGACUUAUUUACAUUUACAUUUACGUCAUUUAGCAGACGCUCUUAUCCAGAGCGACUUACAAAUUGAUAUAUAAUACAUCCAUGUUGCUUUAAAUUAUGAUUUCAGAAUCAGCAGAUGUGAAUAAGUCUCCAGAAAGUGACUCCACAGAGUCUCCAGAACGUGACACCACAGAGUCUUCAGAACGUGACUCCACAGAGUCUCCAGAACGUGACUCCACAGAGUCUCCAGAAAGUGACUCCACAGAGUCUCCAGAACGUGACUCCACAGAGUCUCCAGAAAGUGACUCCACAGAGUCUCCAGAACGUGACUCCACAGAGUCUCCAGAAAGUGACUCCACAGAGUCUCCAGAACAUGACUCCACAGAGUCUCCAGAAAGUGACUCCACAGAGUCUCCAGAACGUGACUCCACAGAGUCUCCAGAAAGUGACUCCACAGAGUCUCCAGAACGUGACUCCACAGGUAAGUGUUAAAAACAGACUGAUUCCAACCCCCAAAAUAUGUACAUUAAAGUACAUUGCUGCUGGUGAAGAUAAAGACAGAUGAAAAAGAUGCCAAAGGUAUGAGGACAGUAUAACGUGGAAAAGUGCACAACAUUAAAGUUGGAGAUACACGUCUAAGACUAUUUUCCUUUGUCCAUCAGAUCAGUACCCCCAACAGCACACAUUGAUUCAACUCAUUGAGGUCUUGAUGAUUAGUUGACACGUUGAAUCAGGUGUGCUUGUCUGGGGCUACAACAAAAUUGGGUGCUGUUGGGGGUACUGGAGGACUGGAGUUGGGAAACUGCAUUAGAUUACGAUAAAGAUGAAACAGAGUCAGAUGAUGCCUCUGAAGGUAAGGGACAAAAUACUUGGAUUCUGUAACUACAAAAAUAAAUACUUGGAUUCUGACAUACACUCAUCAUAACAUGAGGCAGGUGAACUGCGGUAUCUCACUCGGUAUCUCCCGAGUGGCGCAGUGGUCUAAGGCACUGCAUCGCAGUGCUAGCUGUGCCACUAGAGAUCCUCGUUCGAAUCCAGGCUCUGUCGUAGCCGGCCACAACCGGGAGAGCCAUGGGGCAGUGCACAAUUGGCCCAGCGUCGUCCAGGGUAGGGGAGGGAUGUAGCGCAGUUGGUAGAGCAUGGCGUUUGCAACGCCAGGGUUCUGGGUUCGAUUCCCACGGGGGGUAUGAAAAAAAUAAAAAAAAUAAAGGUAUGCACUCACUAACUGUAAGUCGCUCUGGAUAAGAGCGUCUGCUAAAUGACAAAAAAAAAAGUGAACUGCUUGCAGAGGAAGGCAAAACACAGUUAUCUUCACAGUACUUUCAAUAGGAAGUGCUGCCAGUAAAAAAGUUCCUUUGUUUGGUAGUGAAGAACUAGAUCGUCACAGAGGAAUAGGUCUGGGACAGGGACGAUUCUGUAAAUACCGCCAUUAAUACUGUAUAUCCUCCCCUCAAAGCAUUGAUAAGUAGACAAUACAUGACCCUGUCUAAUGACAACAUGAUUAGGUACUCAUAAUAAAACACACAACUAACUUUGUGUUUCUUUUCAAGGUGAAGAACAACAUCAAGGUUUUCAUUGCAAUGUUGUACUAGACAGGUUCAUUGGCAAUUCAAAGACAUCAAAUAAUAGGUUACGACGGUUUGAUAACAUAAAUCAUGUGUGAUUGUAGACGUGACCAGCGAUGACAUGGAUGAGGCCACAGAGACAGACAAAGAUGAUGACAAGAGUGACUCAGGUGUGUUUCAUUGAAACUUCUGAACUGGAUAUUAAUUGUCUGGGAAACUUGAAGAAGAAACAUUAGAUAACGACUCUGCAGGUGAGUCUGCUCAUUCAAGGUUGCGUGUCUCUCACCAACAAAAGGUCAUGAUGGGGAAGGUCUCUCUACUGGUGUCCCCCAGGGCUCAGUACUACAACCUCUCUUGUUCUCUCUACUGGUGUCACCCAGGGCUCAGUACUAUGACAUCCCUUGUUCUCUCUACUGGUGUCCCCCAGGGCUCAGUACUACGACCUCCCUUGUUCUCUCUACUGGUGUCCCCCAGGGCUCAGUACUACAACCUCCCUUGUUCUCUCUUCUGGUGUCCCCCAGGGCACAGUACUACGACCUCUCUUGUUCUCUCUACUGGUGUCCCCCAGGGCUCAGUACUACGACCUCCCUUGUUCUCUCUACUGGUGUCCCCCAGGGCUCAGUACUACGACCUCCCUUGUUCUCUAUACUGGUGUCCCCCAGGGCUCAGUACAACGACCUCCCUUGUUCUCUCUACUGGUGUCCCCCAGGGCUCAGUACUACGACCUCCCUUGUUCUCACUACUGGUGUCCCCCAGGGCUCAGUACUACGACCUCCCUUGUUCUCUCUACUGGUGUCCCCCAGGGCUCAGUACUACGACCUCCCUUGUUCUCUCUACUGGUGUCACCCAGGGCUCAGUAGUACGACCUCCCUUCUUCUCUCUACUGGUGUCCCCCAGGGCUCAGUACUACAACCUCCCUUGUUCUCUCUACUGGUGUCCCCCAGGGCUCAGUACUACGACCUCCCUUGUUCUCUCUACUGGUGUCCCCCAGGGCUCAGUACUACGACCUCCCUUGUUCUCUCUACUGGUGUCACCCAGGGCUCAGUACUACGACCUCCCUUGUUCUCUCUACUGGUGUCCCCCAGGGCUCAGUACUACGACCUCUCUUGUUCUCUCUACUGGUGUCCCCCAGGGCUCAGUACUAUGACCUCCCUUGUUCUCUAUACUGGUUUCACCCAGGGUUCAGUACUACAACCUCUCUUGUUCUCUCUACUGGUGUCCCCCAGGGCUCAGUACUAUAACCUCUAUUGUUCUCUCUACUGGUGUCCCCCAGGGCUCAGUACUAUGACCUCUCUUGUUCUCACUUGGUUCAGAACUACAUAUUCUACGUCAUAUACCAUAAUAAUUCAUUACCAGGAUGUCUAAACACUGUCACUUUUCUGCAGAUGCUGCCACAGACAAAGAUGACAGUGAUGAGGAUAAGGACAUUGAACUACAUGGUAAGGCCCCUGCAGAGGAGAAAGACAGUGCAGAAGAUACAGAGACAGAGGAAGCGGCGGACAGCGACAGCAAACAAGAUGACGCAGACUCAGACACUGAGGAUGACAAGCCAGACAAAGACGACAAGAAAGAUAGCACAGACAACAGCAAAGACAGCAGCGAAGACGACAGCAAAGACAGCAGCGAAGACGACAGCAAAGACAGCAGCGAAGACGACAGCAAAGACAGCAGCGAAGAUGACAGCAAAGACAGCAGCGAAGAUGACAGCAAAGACAGCAGCGAAGACGACAGCAAAGAAGAGGCCCGGGUCCCGGAGGAGGAACCAGAGCAGCAGGAAAUAGAAGAAAAGGACAGCGAGAGCCAACAGGACACCUCAGAAGAAAACGACAAGCCAGACAAAGACGACAGUAAAGACAGCAGCUCAGACGACAGUAAAGACAGCAGCUCAGAUGACCGCAAAGACAGCAGCUCAGAUGACAGCAAAGACAGCAGCUCAGAUGACAGCAAAGACAGCAGCUCAGAUGACCGCAAAGACAGCAGCUCAGAUGACAGCAAAGACAGCAGCUCAGACGACAGCAAAGACAGCAGCUCAGAUGACAGCAAAGACAGCAAAGACAGCAGCUCAGACGACAGCAAAGACAGCAGCUCAGACGACAGCAGCAAAGAUGACAGCAAAGACAGCAGCUCAGACGACAGCAAAGACAGCAGUGAAGCGGAAGCCCAGGUCUCGGAGGAGGAACCAGAGCAGCAGGAAAUGGACAUGAAGGAGGGAGGUGACGUGGGGAAACAGCAGGCCAGCCCUGAAGACAGCAUCGAGGAGGGAAGCCCUGUAGGGAGUCAAGACUUUGAGCCUCCACAGGAGCUGGAGUCAAAGGAGGAGGGGGAGCUGAAUGCGGAGAGGAACCUAGAAACAACAGAGGCCGACAGUAAGGAGGAGAGUAAGGAUGACAGUGAGGAUGAGAGUAAGGAUGACAGUGAGGAGGAGAGUAAGGAUGACAGUGAGGAUGAGAGUAAGGAUGACAGUGAGGAUGAGAGUGAGGAUGAGACUGAGGCUGAAGCAGACUCUAACAGCGAGGAGGACUUUGGGACCAGUGAUGCCCCUAAACCACAAGAGGAUGAAAGUGAAGAGGACACUGAAGCCCAGCCAGAGGACACUGAUGAUAGCAAAAUGAAGGAGCCCGAAGGUGCGGUUACCACUACAAAACCAUAGAAAUGUAGCUAAUAAUUAGGCCAAGUAACGGGGCCGGAACAACUGCUUAUAAUAAAAAGUACAUAUGCGAUUCCCUGUAAAAUGCCAUGGCACUAAGUAUUACAUUGUGAGUGGUAAUGGUAUCAUUUUGUGGUAACUGAAACACUGCUUUCUGAAACAGAUUCUGACGAUGCUGACGAAGAUGACAUGGACAAGGAUGCCUCUGGUAUGUCUCUCUAUCUUGCGUGUCAUUUGAUCCCCUUGCUUGUGUAUCAGCUAAUACACGCAGUACUGAAUCAAAGAGACUGGAGUCGUUUAUAUCAAACGUUCCAUCAUUUCAUACUAUUUAUUGAUGUUAUGCACAUUUUCUUUUCAUAAACUCCAGAGGAUGACACGUCUGAAUCUGAUGCAGAGCCAGGCGCAGAUUCACACAAAGGUUUGUUUCCUCUGAUCCUGAAUCAUAUCACCUGGGCUUUCAAAUGGCUUGGUCUUUAGCUGUUGUAACCUUCUAAUUCAUUAUUGUGGCUCAACAUCAUAUAUAUUAAUCUGGUCUUUAGAUGAGGAUGAGACCUAUGAGGAUUCCGAGGAUGCGUCAGAGUCCAUGGCGAAAGGUUUGCUUCAGAGUCAAAGCCAUACAAACAAAUGUUGACAUUUGAGUAAUUGAAAUAGUAAAAUAAAGGCUGUUUCGUGUUUCUUUCCUCAGAUGACGAUAUGGAUGAUGAUGAGAUGGAUGGGCCAGAAUCAAUGGCUCCAGAUUCAGAAGGUAAGGCCCAAAACUGACUUACUUCUUGGGGUAGUUACCAAUGAAAGGCCCAACCAUUCUAAGGCUUCCUCGACCAGGGGAAGAAACAGUACAUUUGUGUGCACCAGUCAACGUACCAUAAAGUAAACACCUAUUUUUUCCUUGUGAUCUUUCUGAUCAGAUGUCUGUUUGUUUGAACAGAGAUAAUAGCUCACAACACUAUGCACACACACACACACACACAAACACACACACACUCUUAGCACUGUGCAGGGAGUUAUCUGACUAAUUUUUCCAAAUACAUGAGGUACAAUGACAAGUAUGAGGAAGAGAACAACACGACAGAAAGUUAAAAAAAAAUAUAAACCAGCAUACUGGGAACACAUAACAGAGCUUCACUGGGAACAGUGUGGAUUGGAAUGAACAUCCUUUUCUCCCUCAGCUGUUCCUGCUGAUGUUUUGGACCAUCCAGACCAACAGGAGGACAUGACACAGGGUGCCUCCCAGGGUAAUGUCAGCAGAACACUGUGACACACCAUGUCACGUCAGCACAUAUCAUAAUAAUAUAUGCAAUUUAGCAGACACUUAUUUUCCAAAGCGACUUCAAUUACCUAGUCUAACCUGUACCCCUGCACAUUGACUCAGUAACUGCAUUAUUGGUUAAGGGCUUGUAAGUAAGCAUUUCACGGUAAGGUCUACACCUGUUGUAUUCGGCGCAUGUGACAAAUAACAUUUGAUUUGAUUUGACUUACAGUCAUGUGUGCAGACAUUUUACUUGCGUACAUUUUAUAUCCGUUACAGACGUAUUUAAACCGUCUGUCGCUCUCUGACAUAGAGAGAGAUGGAGGUAAUCCAUUGUACUGUAUGAUGCGGUCAGAUUCUAUUUAUUUCCAUGUACUGUAUAUCUCAUUUGGAUUACAGGCGCUGAUGCCCUGGCAGCCCAAUCUUAGCCCUGUGGGUUGAGCCCACAGGAUGCUGUGGAUGGAAUCAGACAGUUUGAUAGGUAACUAAAGCCAUAUCCAUUGAUUUGUACUUACUAUGAGAGGAGAGGUAUCCUGUACAUUGAAUAUUUGUUUUCACUUAAUUCCAUCUCUUUUCAUUGCAGUCCCAUCAUGGUGAAUCCCACAGAAAACAGGUCCUCCUGCAGUCAUGACAACAAACAGCAUUUAAAAAACUUACGUUCCUUAAGUUCCUUAAUCCUCUUUUGCAACUCAAAAUGGUGAAGGUGUCUACAGGGAUACAAUUCAAUGAUUCUACUGUUUUGGUGUACAUUACAUUUUUUCCCACAUUUUUGACUGCAUUGUUGUUUUUUGGCAUCUCAAGGGUAGUUUAAUAUUUGAUCAAGGAGAAUAUAUAUUUUUUCAACUUUGUUUUUGUUAAAGACAGUAUGUUUAAGUUGUGACAUCAUCAUUAUACAAGUCACACCCCUGUCUUAACAACUAGCGUGUUGAUAAAAUGGUCACUAUGUUCCCUUACAAUGCCCUUGAGAAAAACAUUGUUUAUAAAAUAGCAUUCAGUCAUUGUAGGUUUGCUAGGUUUCUGCAGGUUGUGGGUUUCUGCUGUUUUUCUCUUGCUUUCAUAUGAUGCAUUGCUGUCUCAGUCCUUGACAGAAAGCACAAUUGGCAUUUUGUCCUUCUAACCGAUAACGCUACAUUUGAUAACGC